AUGUUCAACUACAUAAAAUGCUACCUUAACUCAAGACAAUUCUCAAUCUCUCUUUCAAAUGCCCAAUCAAAAAACUACUCCCAGCAAAAUGGAAUUCCUCAAGACGACUUUAAUUUCUGGUGCAAAAGCCCUAAUCUAAAAACGGUACAACACUUCCUACAAGAUACAGCAAACAACAUCUCAAAAUGGUCAACACUCACCGGUUUCAAAAUCUCCAGCCUUAAAUCUCAAUGCAUCAUAUUCUCCAAUAAAAGAGGCCAAAAGCACAUCAACAUCCAGUUAAAUGACAUCCUCAUCCCAAACGUAAAUACAAUUAAAAUACUCGGAGUUUAUUUCGACAAAAAAAUCAAUUGGUUACAACACCUUAAACAACUCAAGAUAUCAUUGUCGAGAAGUCUCAACAUCAUGAAAAUGAUAAGCCACUUCACAUGGGAAGGAGACGAAGAAACACUCAUAAAAAUCCACAGACAUCUCAUCAGAGCAAAAAUGGACUACGGUGCAACAAUCUACCAAUCAGCCAAAUCUCACCACAAAAGAAUAAUAGAUUCUACUAUAAACUCCAGCUUAAGAUUCGCUAUUGGAGCUUUCCGAUCUAGUCCCAUAGAAAGCAUUCGAAACCUAGCACUUGAACCCCCUACUGAGCUUAGACACUUAGAAAAAUCACUACUCUACGCUGCCAGCAUCACAAGAAACUCUGGCAAUCCAGUAAACAAAUACACUACAGAAAUUACCGAGUACGCUAAAGACCCUGGUAUAGAAUUCAAUGCGAUAACGAAAGUUCAACCCUUCAAAUUCCCCCCAUGGGCCUUCAAUAUUGAUAUAAACCUGGAUUUAACUAAAUUCAAAAAAGUGGACACUACACCCAUGAUUUACAAAAAUCACUUAAACGAAAUACUCCAAGAUCACAAAAAUGCAAAUUGUUAUUACACUGAUGCCUCUAAAUCUAGAAAAGGCGUGGGAAUCGCAAUUACUAACCAUGACCUCUCCAUCAGAUUCAAACUCCGCGAAAGCUACUCUAUAUACACGGCAGAAGCCAUAGAAAUACUCAAUACAGUAGAUCACAUAUUACUUAAUCACGAUCAUGGAAACCCCCACAAAAGCAAUCUAAUCCUGUCAGACUCACUUUCAUCACUCACGAGCCUCAAAAACUCAUUCAACACUACAGAUAUAGCAAAACUUAUACUUCAAAAAACUAGCCUAGCAUAUCAGACAGGAAUCAAAAUUUCACUAGUAUGGAUCCCGGGGCACAGCGGCACAGUUGAGUUUAAAGUUUUGGAAGUGUAUGGAUUGGUGAUAUAA